AAAUUGCUUGUCCAAAUUGAAGUAUUCAUGGGAGAAAGAUAUUUGAUUGGAUUACACACACGAGAUAAGUCUUCUCAAUCAACCAUACCACCUGUCCACUUUAUAACCCAAAACCAACAAGAAAUAAAUUCAUCACCAAAUAUUCAAAUUAGUAUUUAUUAUUUUAUCAAAUACAAAUUCGAGUGAAGAGAAAAACAUAUUACUUUUUUUUAAUAAUAUUUUUCCUCUUUCCUUUUGUUAUUAUUUUUAGAAAUGAAGGGAUUUCUAGAAACAGAAGACCCAGCUGAAACCAGGUUGGCCUUUUGGGUGUACGAUGAGUUCUGGGUUUUAGUUUGAUUCUUGAUUCUUGAUUUUUUUGCUCUGUUUUCUUGAAAAAGGUGCCACCUUUGGUGAUUUAAAAUUAAAAAAAAAAAAAUUGAUUAUGUUUCUCGCAUCAUUGCAUGUGAGCUGUACUAGGAAGAAAAAGGGAAAAUUAUUACACCAAAAAUUGCUGUAAUACCUGGUAUUUUUAAGGUUUCAGAAAUUGAAAACACCUCUGUAUACUUUGACCGUUUAAUUAAAUUGCCAUUAAAGAUUGUGAUCUUGGCAUUUAUGUCAAUUUAAUUUUCCCUCUGAAUAAAUCAAAAAAAAAAAAUUUGAUUUUUUUUUUUGAAUUUGGAUGAACUAGUGUUAAAUGAUAUUGAAGAUGCCUUCAUCAGUUUCAGAGAAGAGGAUAUUUCCCUCAAAGCUCCUCUCUCUCCUAAUAGCCUUUUCGAUACUCCUUUUAAUUUCCUCUUCACUCUCCCUUCUCCACUUCGACGAGGAUUCUUCGGUACCCAAAUCAGUCCUUCAAUUCAUAGUAGUGAACAAUUCAUCGAUUCACUCGAAACCCAACUUGAAAACCGGCGACCCGCAAACAAUCCCUCUCAAAAGACCCGUUUUCGAGAUCGAAAAAAGGGUCGUUGAAGAACAAGAACAAGAAAAUUACACUCGUGAUAAAUCUUGCGACCAAGAAAAUAAAGAUCUUCUUAGAGUUUACAUGUACGAUUUACCGGCCGAGUUUCAUUUCGGGUUGUUGGGUUGGAAGGGAGACGGAAAUCGAACGUGGCCGGAUUUAAACGAUCGGGAUAAAUUACCAUCUUACCCCGGCGGAUUGAAUUUACAACAUAGUAUCGAGUACUGGCUCACCCUCGAUCUUCUUGCAUCGAAUAAUCCGAAUGUAACAAGGGGUUGUAGUGCAAUUAGAGUAAAGAACUCGAGCGAGGCGGAUGUGGUAUUUGUGCCGUUUUUCUCGUCGUUGAGUUAUAAUCGGUAUUCGAAGCCCGAGGGGAAGCAAAAGAUUAGUUUGGAUAGAAUAUUGCAGGAGAAAUUGGUGGAGUUUUUGAAAAACCGGAGAGAGUGGAAACGGAAGGGAGGUGGGGACCACUUGGUCGUGGCCCACCACCCGAAUAGCAUGUUGUUUGCUCGGAGAAAGCUCGGUUCGGCCAUGUUUGUGCUGGCGGAUUUUGGGCGGUAUCCGACUGAAGUGGCAAAUGUUGAGAAGGAUGUGAUUGCUCCUUAUCGGCAUAUGGUGAGGGCUAUUGCGGCGGAUGAUUCGCCCCCGUUUGAGGAAAGGCCGACGCUCGUUUAUUUCCAAGGAGCGAUUUAUCGGAAAGAUGGCGGAGAAAUUCGUCAAGAGCUAUACUACCUCCUCAAAGACGAGAAAGACGCGCACUUCGCAUUCGGAAGCGUUCAGUCGAAUGGGGUACGCCAGGCUGGCAAAGGGAUGUCCUCGUCGAAAUUCUGCCUAAAUAUUGCCGGAGAUACCCCUUCGUCGAACCGCCUCUUCGACGCAAUCGCCACCCACUGCGUGCCCGUUGUUAUCAGCGACGAAAUCGAACUGCCGUUUGAAGAUAUUCUCGAUUACUCGGAAUUCUGCGUGUUUGUAAAAUCGUCCGAUGCUGUGAAAAAGGGUUACCUCGUAAAUCUUCUAAGAAGUAUCGAACGAGAUCAGUGGACGAAAAUGUGGGAGAGGUUGAAGGAGAUUAGUGGACACUUUGAGUAUAAUUAUCCGUCGAAGAGUGGAGAUGCAGUUGAUAUGAUUUGGCAGACUGUUUACCGGAAGAGAUCGCCUACGAUGCUGAGUGUCCACCGGAAGAAUAGAUACAGCAGAUUGCAAGUUCUCUAGGAAUUUUAUAUUUGAAAAUGUAUUUACUGUAGCCCAUUUAAUUAGGCUGUAAUGUAAUGUAUGGUUAGCUUGGUUUCUAGAAGUUUACACAUGAUUAUCCGUAUAGAUGGAAAUCGGAUGUGAUCGAACAGAUCGGAGUUAAUCCUUUUCGAAAAAUUCCAAAAAAAAUUUCGGAAGUGAGAAACUAAUUCUGAUUUCGUUUUGAAAAAUUU